AUGCUGACCUGCUUAUCUGGCCCCAGCAAGGGGACAAGCUCUAGCUCCUCGGCUGGAGUACCGCGGCUGGGUUCUGCUUUGUCGAACAGAUUAUGGUCACAAGAUAAUGACAUUAAUGAACCUCUAGGAAUUUCUUGCUCACCUUCUGUGCAAAGAAAGGCUGGGAUUCUGGUCAACUCAGAAAACGUAUCAUCAUCCAGAGAGCAGACCGACGAAGAAGAUGAUGUUGAAGGAGAAAAUGAUAUGAAUGAUCAAACAGAUCCUGCAUAUGCUAAACGUGUCAGGAGAAUGCUUUCGAAUAGAGAAUCAGCUAGACGCUCAAGAAAGAGAAAGCAAGCACAUUUGACAGAGCUUGAGACACAGGUUGCUGAAUUAAGAGUUGAAAAUUCUGCACUACUGAAGCGUUUCAGUGAUAUAAGCCAAAAGUACAGUGAGGCAGCAGUUAACAAUAGAGUUCUGAAAGCUGACCUUGAAACUUUGAGAGCAAAGGUACAGAUGGCUGAGGAAACCGUAAAGCGAAUUACGGGUACAAAACUUAUGUUCUACGCUAUGUCGGAAGCUUCCUCAAUUAGCAUGCAAUCCUCCUUUGAUGGAAGCCCCUCAGAGAUAUCAACAGAUGUACCUAACAAUCAUAUUGCCGACAUUUCUUCUUCAAAUAUUCAGCAGAGUUCUCCAGCAACAACAAUGGUGUCUCCGAACAAGUCGGCAAGAACAGCUUCCUUGUCGCGAGUGGCAAGAUUGGAGCAUCUUCAGAAACGAAUCCGUGGAAGUUCAAGCUCCUGUGAUCCAUCAGAAAAGGGAGAUCAACAAUAA